CCCGCUCUCUCCUCCCCUCCCUCCCCCUCUCUUCAGGAAACACCUUAAGGGAUCCACGGAAGAUCGUGCGCCCCCACCGACCCCCCCCUGCUCUCCUCCGCCAACCGGCCGCCCUCCUCCGUUCACACGCCGCCUGCCUCCUGCCCUCCCCGCGGCCGCCGCCGCCGCCGCAACUUUUUCUCUCGCAUGAUCACCUUGUGCACGGAUUUGCCAUUCGGAUGUGUCCUCCUCGGGAACGGAGCACGGGCCCGCUUUGAACCCGCCGCCGCCGCAGGAGCAGCCUCCUCGCCGCCGCUUCCGCCUCCUCGGCUUCCAGUGCUAUGACAGGCAAACUCGUGGAGAAGCUGCCGGGGACCAUGAACACUUUGAUGAACCAGUUGCCUGACAAUUUGUACCCCGAGGAGAUCCCCAACUCUCUGAACAUUUUCUCCGGGAACGGCGAGGCGUCAGUGGCUCACUACAAUAACCAAAUGGCAGCAGAUAAUGUUAUGGAUAUUGGCUUAGCCAACGACAAGGCCGGCCAGGACUUGUCCUCUUACUCGGGCUCUUUCCAGCCGGCCCCCGGGGGCAACAAGACGGUGACCUACCUGGGCAAGUUCGCCUUCGACUCCCCGUCGAACUGGUGCCAGGACAACAUUAUCAGCCUGAUGAGCGCCGGCAUCCUGGGGGUGCCGCCGCCGCCGCCCUCCUCCACCGCCCAGGCCUCGACGGGCAGUAUGGUGCAGGUACAGACUCAGGCCGAGGUGGAGGGCAUGUACCCGGCGCUGCCCCCUUACUCCACGUGCAGUGACCUUUACCCGGGCGAUCCGGUGCCCUUCCACGACCCGCAGGGCGGCUCCGGCCUCUCCUACUCGGCUCAGGAUUACCAAGCGGCCAAGCCCGGCGGCGGCGGCGGCGGCGGCCUGGACAGCAACCUUUUCCCCAUGAUCCCGGACUAUAAUCUCUACCACGGCCAUCCCAAUGACAUGGGCAGCCUUCCCGAGCACAAACCUUUCCAGAACCUGGACCCCAUCCGGGUUAACCCGCCCCCCAUCACUCCCCUGGAGACCAUCAAAGCCUUCAAGGACAAGCAGAUCCAUCCGGGCUUCGGCAGCCUCCAGCAGCAGCCGCCGCUCACCCUGAAACCCAUCCGGCCGCGCAAGUACCCCAACCGGCCGAGCAAGACCCCCCUCCACGAGCGGCCGCACGCCUGCCCGGCCGAGGGCUGCGACCGCCGGUUCUCCCGCUCCGACGAGCUCACGCGGCACCUGCGCAUCCACACGGGCCACAAGCCCUUCCAGUGCCGCAUCUGCAUGCGCAGCUUCAGCCGCAGCGACCACCUCACCACCCACAUCCGCACCCACACGGGCGAGAAGCCCUUUGCCUGCGAGUUUUGCGGGCGCAAGUUCGCGCGGAGCGACGAGCGCAAGAGGCACGCCAAGAUCCACCUCAAGCAGAAGGAGAAGAAGGCCGACAAGGGCUCUUCUUCUUCCUCCUCCUCCUCCACCCCCUCCGCCUCCUCCUCUUCCUCGGCGGCCGCCGCCGUCCUGGCAGGGCCCGGGGGCGGCGGCGGCGGCGGCUCGCCCGCGGUCUCCUCGCUGGUCCCGGUGGUCACCACUUGCGCGUGACGCUGCUCCCGCCACCCCACCGAGUCCCAGUGCCUCCCGAGCCAGGCUGCCUUUGGUUGCGACUUUGCGCAAAACCCGCGCAGGAGCGGCGGCGGCGGUUGCUGGCCUCCCCGCCGGGCUCCCACCCAAGGGAUGCCUUUGCGCGCACCCCUCCUGCCGCCGCCGCCGCCGCCGAGCUGCUGGUGGGAGGGAGCCUUGAACUUUCCGCCGGAUCGUCUUGAUCCGCCGCGGCUUAGCAGGGGAGGGGAAGCGGGGGCUCACCCACUUCUCCCGGAGGAUGAACUGUCGUCGGGAGGGGACGCGUGGUGGUGGGGGGCUCGGUCUGGCACGUGUGACUGAGGAGGGAAUUGGAUGGACACGGGAAAACAGCCCUGGACUCACCCUCCCUCCCUGAAGCCCAUCCCUUGAUCUUCCUCCUUUUUUUUUCUCCCCCCUCCCAUAGAGGGGGGCACCAAAGCGCAGUGCUUGCUGCCCGUGGAGACCGUGCGCACGCGUGUGUGUUUUGGAUGUAUGUGCGCGCGCGUGCGUGUGUGUUUGUGUGUUAGCCUCAGGAGCUAGCUACAUGGGGUGCUUUUACCAAUUUGAUGAAUCCCGCCUCACAUCUAGAAGACUCUGUUUCCGGCAGAGAGAAAACACCCGGCGUAUCUGGCCCAUCCCUAUCCCCUUUCCAGCCCGUCUCCCCAGGAGGAGAUGGAAGAAACGGGGCAGGCUCAGCCUUUGAGGACUCCCAGGACUUUUCAGGAUCCGGCGGGACCCCGGUGGCUCUUGCUGCCGGCUUCCCUCCUCAUGGCUCGGACAGCUCCUCCUUGGUGUGACGGAGGGGCCUUGCUUUUCCAGGCACUUCUUGCCAUGCCUUGGGAGCAUCCUUACUUACAACAUCGGGGCUCCUUUAACAGAUUUUCAUCUCCCUCCCUCCCUCUCUUCUCCUCCUUCUCUUUUUGACUUCUAAACUCUACCACCGACCACCCACUCCCUACU